CAGUUUUGAGAAUGGGAUUGGGAUUUCGGGGGUUACCCGAUGAAUUCAAGAAUUGACCCGUGAAAUGUUUUCCUUUUUACCGUGACUGUGUCUGAGAGCUGGACGGAGAGAUGGACGAAAUUUGGCCUGGAUUUGAACACGAUUUGGAUGGAUGGGGAAAUCUUUCUUGGUCAGCUUUGCUGCGGACUUGUCGAUGCGCAUCAAGUCAAACAUUUGAGUUGCUGCUUUCGUAUCCAGCAGACUAUGGGCGGUGCAGUCUUGGUAAAGGCGAUUACAUACAUGUCAGCUGCAUCAACGCAAUACAUGUCAUAUACACGCGCCGUGGCUUUUACGUACGGAUGCUAUUGCUUAUGAGCAAAUUCGUACAAUCGUUGGGCCGGGAUGACUGCAAAGUUUUGGACAAGACAAUGGGCGACCUCGACGCCCAAGGGCGGGCAAGGUGGACCAUUUGAUUACCCUUGGGUUCAUCGUUUGGUGGACGGUCAAUGGCCAGGGACGCAAGGUCGUUGAUCUUUGUACAUUGAACGAGGUCAUUAUCCCUGACAUCUGGCUUUAACAAAGGGUUCAAGGAGAUGGGCUCGUUACUGGUUCCAAACAGGGUUUACCAGAUUACGGGAGACGUCAUGUUUUGUUUUGUUUCUUCAAUAGGGUGUAUAUUACGCAUCAUCAUCUUCGUGAGAAUAUGAUCAAACGAAUGCACCCUUGUUCAUUUCCGUCCCAUGCCGUCGAGGAAGAAAUCAUCAAUUCCCUUUAUAGUGAUGGACGCCUCCGUGUUUUUUUCACCAACUACCCAUCUAUGAUGGAUAAAGAGACUGUAUGGUCUUGACAAUCCUGCGCGGCUUGGAGACGUCCCACGUCGUCGUUAUAUUCGUGUAGUAGUAGAAGGUGUGGCGUUUGUGUCUCCGUGGCAAAUCGCGCGUUGAUGAGAUCCAUGAUGGAACUGCUCUCUAUUAUAAUCGCGUCACAUCUUUCUUCUAGCCUAACCAAGGUGCCUUGUUACCUCCACCAGCCCUCACGUUGGUUUCCCUCUUUAACAGCACAACCGACUCCCACGCCGCCCCAAAGAUCAUGUCGCUCUCUCCUCCCUAGCUAUAAUAGCUUGAACUUUCACGCCAAGGCCCCCCUCAUUUUCCGACGGAUUACUGGCAAACAUCCGUAAGAUGUCGCCGCCACAGAACCCAAAUUGAGCUAUCAAGGCCGAACAAAAGAGAAAAAGUCAUCAGCCAAGGUAAAUAUUUUACGGCAAUAUAUAAUUCGCAUUGCUGGUCCAUCAAAAAGGUAAGCCAAAAGAAGAAACUACAACAACAGCAAGCAUCGCAAGCGACUCGGAGAUGCCAG